GAGUGGCGUGAUGGCCAAGAUUGCAGCGUCUCUGAUUUGUUUCCCCCUGUGAAUUUGUUCGUUUCCAGGGGCGCGCCAGUGAGCGACAAGAUCCAGCUCAACUAAGUGCGAAUUAUCCUAGGUUGACACCCGCCCGUGCGGACAACCCGUGGAACAUCUAAAGGGUGUCGUUCUGUACCCCAUACCGGGAAUAGCAAGGCGUGCUCUGCUGGACUCUACCCUAUCUUUCUGCCGCGCGCCUUCAAUUCUUCCUUAAGUCGACUUCGUCCCUAUCACCCUCAUCCAGGUCUAUCUCUUGGUACGCCUUUCUUCCCUUCUCCUUGUGCCCUCACCUGUCUCUUCCGCGACCAGUGGCGCAACGAUGGGGUUGCUCUCCGCUGUGCUCGACAAGUUCUGCGAGCAGUGCUCGUCCCAGUCCCUCUGGGUUCUGGGCGGCAUCGGUUUGGUGUCCUUUGUGGCCCUCUCCGUGCUGGUGAACGUCGCGCUCCAGAUCUUCUUCAAGAACCCCAAUGAGCCUCCAGUGGUCUUUCAUUGGUUUCCUAUUAUCGGCAGCACGGUCAGCUAUGGCAUUGACCCUUUCAAGUUCUUCUUCAGCUGCCGUGAAAAGUACGGCGACAUCUUCACGUUCAUACUGCUUGGAAAGAAAACGACGGUUUUUCUAGGGACCAAGGGCAAUGACUUCAUCCUCAAUGGCAAGCUCAAGGACGUCUGCGCUGAGGAAGUCUACUCGCCACUUACGACGCCUGUGUUCGGAAAGGAUGUCGUAUACGACUGCCCCAACUCGAAGCUCAUGGAGCAGAAGAAGUUCGUCAAGUAUGGUCUUACCACGGAGGCCCUUCGAUCCUACGUGCCUCUGAUUGUUCAGGAGGUCGAAGAUUUCGUCAAGACGUCUCCUGCAUUCCAGGGUGACAAGGGCAUUUUCGAUGUCUGCAAGACUGUUGCUGAGAUCACGAUCUACACCGCUUCGCGCUCGCUGCAGGGAAAGGAGGUUCGCAGCAAAUUCGACUCUACGUUUGCCGAGCUUUAUCACGAUCUCGACAUGGGCUUUGCUCCCAUUAACUUCAUUCUCCCCUGGGCACCUUUGCCCCACAACCGCAAGCGUGAUGCUGCCCACAAGAAGUUGACCGAGACCUACAUGGAGAUCAUCAAAAAUCGUCGCAAGCCCGACAGCAAGAAGGACUCUGAGGAUAUGGUGUGGAACCUGAUGUCCUGUGUGUACAAGAAUGGCCAGCCAAUUCCCGACCGUGAGAUCGCUCAUAUGAUGAUCGCGCUUUUGAUGGCUGGUCAGCAUUCGUCUUCCUCUACCUUGUCCUGGAUCGUCCUCAAUCUUGCUUUGAAGCCAGAGAUCACGGAGGAGCUUUACCAGGAACAGAUCCGCGUGCUUGGCUCUGACCUUCCUCCUUUGACGUACGAAAACCUUCAGAAGCUCGAUCUGCAAGCAAAGGUCAUCAAGGAAACUCUACGUAUCCAUGCCCCCAUUCACUCAAUCAUUCGUGCCGUUAAGAAUCCCAUGCCCGUGGAAGGAACUUCAUACGUGAUCCCCACCUCGCACAAUGUCCUCUCCUCUCCUGGUGUCACGUCGAGGACGCCUGAAUUCUUCCCGAAUCCUCUGGAUUGGAACCCUCAUCGUUGGGAUGAUGAGACCCAGGCUCCUACCGACAAGGAAGACGAAGAGCAAAUCGACUACGGCUACGGUCUCGUCAGCAAGGGUACUAGCAGCCCCUACCUUCCUUUCGGCGCAGGACGACACAGAUGCAUUGGCGAGCAGUUCGCCUACCUGCAGCUCGGUACUAUUACGGCUACGCUGGUGAGAAUGUUCAAGUUCAGGAACCUGCCAGGAGUCAACACUAUCCCAGACACGGAUUUCUCGUCCUUGUUCUCGAAGCCUCUCGGCCAGUCGAAAGUGCAGUUUGAGAAGCGUCAACUGUCCGAAAAAGCAUAGAAACCUCACGAGUCAGUAUUAUGUUAAGCUUCCGUUCCUCCCUGUGCGAGGGAGUGGCCCUUUAAUUCUUGCCAUGCCUGUCUAUUCUUCAGCUGUGUCUGGGACGAAGGGGAGUUGCACAAGUCGUUGCUGAUGCCAUCAUGCCAUCCACGAGAUCUGGUCUUCAUCGCGUUUAUAUGUGCUUCUGAUCACUUAUUCUUCUUUUGCCGAACUGGCUCCAGUCCAGAUCCCAUCUUAUGUCCGUAUUUUUUUUAAUUAAUCGCGAACGUUACGAGAUACUCCGGGUUGCGGCAUCCCACCCUGUUCUACGUGAUUUAUCUAACGUCACGAUUCGGCCGCCGAGAUACCAUUACGGAGAUCUCGCCAAAGCUUUUGUGUAUACAGAAAUCAAAAUGUUGAUAAACCGAAGAGAUGAAAAGGGAAGCAUGUCACAGGAUUGAACAAGAGCACUAUAGAUAGUCUGUACAAGUCAUAAU